AGAGGCGACAGUUUUCGCUGGUAAAAGUAUCAAGCUACAAGCUACAGUUUUUUUUUUGUUUCCUCUUCCUUUUUCUUCUCUAAUACGACGUUAUAUCGUCCGGUACUCUAUUCGCUUGCAGUCUCUCCAACCAUUUUCCGAUCCCUUGAGACCACUAUUGGAGAAAAAAGAAAAAAAAGAAAGAGAAGAUGAUGCCAAGAUGUUCCAAUCAAUCGAACGAGGUUCGGAUAUUCCAGAAGUUAACUGGGAUUCAACAGCUCGCUGAAUCUCGCCGUUUCAAGGCAUGGUUCUUAGAUCAGUUUGGUGUCCUUCAUGAUGGGAAACAACCAUACCCAGGAGCAAUUCCAACAUUAGAAAAGCUAGCAGCCAAUGGCGCUAAGAUGGUGAUUAUAAGUAAUUCCUCAAGACGUGCAUCAACUACCAUGGAAAAGAUGAAGAGUCUUGGAUUUGAUCCCUCUCUCUUUGCAGGAGCCAUUACAAGCGGAGAGUUAACACAUCAAUACUUGCAAUGGAGAGAUGAUGCUUGGUUUAAACAUCUAGGAAAGUCGUGUAUUCAUAUGACUUGGAGCGAUCGAGGUGCAAUAUCUCUAGAGGGACUAGGUUUACAAGUUGUGGACAAGGUUGAAGAAGCUGAAUUUCUUUUGGCCCAUGGUACUGAAGCCCUUACUCGCCCUUUUGGGAAUGCUUCUCCCAUGAAACUUGAAGAUCUUGAGAAAAUAUUAGGGCAGUGUGCAGCUAAAAGGAUUCCUAUGGUGGUGGCAAAUCCAGAUUUUGUAACUGUUGAGGCUAGAGCUUUGCGUAUUAUGCCUGGUACAUUGGCGGCCAAAUAUGAAGAGCUUGGUGGUGAAGUAAAGUGGAUGGGCAAGCCUGAUAAGAUCAUAUAUGAAUCAGCUAUGGCUGUGGCUGAUGUGGGUGCUGCUGACUGUAUUGCUGUGGGGGACUCUCUUCACCAUGAUAUAAAGGGUGCAAAUGUAGCUGGUAUUCAUUCUGCAUUUAUCACUGGCGGGAUUCAUGCUACCGAGCUAGGACUUGGUUGUUUUGGAGAAGUUGCAGAUUCAUCUUCUGUACAAGCUCUUGCAUCCAAAUAUAAAGCUUAUCCAUCUUAUGUGUUACCUGCUUUUACUUGGUGAAAUCUCUCAACUUAGUAACAUUAAUUAAAGGGAAAAACCAAUCGGAAAUCUGACAAAUUGUCAAUGCGGAGGACCUUCGGAUGAGUUCGAAUUACUAUAAUAUUUUGUCCAUGAAGUGAGGAUGGGGAUUUUUUCAACGAAGUUGGUUCUAAGCAACAGCUUCUUUUAUGCAUAUAGAGCAAGGAGUUGCAAGCAAGGUACAUCAAGGAUGGAUGAACUCACUCUAAUUUCUGUAUGUUCGAACUGUAAAUGUUCAUGCUCUUGGUGUAAUAACUGUUUAAUUGGGAUGAACUUGUUAGCCAAGUAGUCUACUAAGAGAAGCAUGCCACUCUUUCUCUUGAAAAGUUCUCAUCUUCACCCAAUGUUUGGUACACUGAAAUGGAAUGGAUUGAUAAUGAAUGAUGCAUUCAAUUUGAACAAAA